AUCAAUUGGAGAUGGUCCUAUCAAAAUACAUUUGAGGUACAUAUAUAUUUUAUCUGCAUCCCUUAACUCAAUCCCUUCCACACAAUCAUUCCUUCCGAAAAAUGGCCGGAAUCGAAAUAUGUUCUUCAUGCGUUGUUCGAAUGGAAAAAAAUUCGACUCCAAAUUCUAUUUUCGAACUGAAUCAAUGGGAUUUGCAGCUGCUUCUAGCGGAUCCAAGCCAGAGAGGAAUUUUCUUCAAAACCAAUGGCUAUCAAACCCUCGAAUCCCAAACCCUUCUAGUCGAUCACCUCAAAACCACGCUCUCCCGCACGCUCGACUACUUCCCUCCGCUCGCCGGACGCCUCGGCACCACCGCCAACAGCGACGGCACGAUAUCGUUCCAUAUCAACUGCAGCAACGCCGGAGCUGAGUUCACCCACGCUGUCGCCGGCAACAUGUCCAUUUCCGACCUGUUGGAGCCUAAAUACAUACCGGACACGAUCAACUCCCUUUUCGCACUCAAUGGCGUUGUUAACUCCGACGGGGUUUCGAAGCCCUUGCUCGGAGUGCAAGUCUCCUUUCUCGCCGACGGUCUCUUCAUUGGCUGCACGGCCAAUCAUGCUGUCCUGGAUGGAAUUGCUCUCUGGCAUUUCUUCAAUUCUUGGUCGGAGAUCUCCCGUGGUGCUGAAACAAUAUCAAAACUCCCCGUUUUCGAACGUUGGUUUCCUGAUGGAAUCAAAUCAUUGCGUAUUCCUCCAUUACAGCAGAAUGAAUCAGCUAAUUUUGUUCGUCCAUCAAUGCUCCGAAGGUUUUUCCAUUUCAGCAAACAAGCUGUGUCUGAGCUCAAAGCCAAGGCCAACCAAGAAGCAGGGAUGGACAGCAUCUCAUCUCUGCAAGCAGUGUCUGCUCAUUUAUGGCGGGGUGUCACACGCGCCCGGCGUCGCGAAAAAAUCAAGAAAGGAUGCAACCAGGAAGACCAAAGAGAAAUCCCCUGCAUGUUUGCUGUGGGUGCAAGAGAUAGAAUUCCUCUCCCAGAUGGGUAUUUUGGGAAUGGACUUAUCAUAGCGCAAAUGUUCUGUCAAGAGGCGGAGAUAUUGGAGAAUGGAUUAGGAUACGCAGCGCGAAAGAUGAAGGAUUUGGUGGCUCAGCAUAACCGGGAUGCAGCAAUCAAAUAUGCUCAACAUUGGGUGAAAAAUCCAGUAGUGGUUGAAUAUCCUGCAAUUACAACUUUUGCGGUGGGAGGUUCGCCGCGGUUCAAUGUGUAUGGCUGUGACUUCGGAUGGGGGAAGCCGGUUGCUGUGAGAAGUGGGAUGGCACAACCAUUAGAUGGGAAGAUGACUGUUUUCCCCGCGCCUGAGCCUGGUGGGAUAGACGUGGAAGCUUGGUUAGCGCCGGAGACUUUGAUGGCUAUGGAUGAUGAUGCCGAGUUCAUGGAAGCUUUCGCGGUUUGAUUCGUUUGUUAAAAGUGAUAUGAGUACAUUACUAGAACCAUAACUUUGGGAACUGAUGCACAAGGAUCAAGUGUCCUUGGGAUCGCCAAAUGUGUGCUAAAUUACCGACAAUGUUAUGAGAAAUCCCAGAAUAAGGAGCCAUGAAUCGAUCUUUAGACAAUCUUAAGUGCAACAAAUUCUAAGGAGGAUAAUCUGGAGGUAUGAGAUGACUUCGAAAGGCUCAUAAAAAUAGUUUGUGAACCCAUUCAAUUAUGUUUAAAUAAAAGUGUUCAUCAGUAUUACUUAGUGUAACAAAUUUUGGUGAAUUAUUGUUGUUGUUGUUGUUAUUGCAGUGGAAUGAAGUAUUGAAGUAUUUAGAUA